AUGAAACACCAAAGACCAACAAACGCCGCCUUUGGAACGGUAAACACACCAGGCGCGCUGCGUAUCUUAUUUGACGAGACAAAAGCAACUUGUCCUACAAAUUUUCAGGAUAGAAUUAGACAACCGAGAGAUCAUAUAAUGAAAAGUGCGAUGUUCCUUGGCAAACUGAGACCAUUCCUCAAAUCACGCUUUGUAAUCCUACGAGAAUUUAGCGACAGUUCUGAAAAAGUUCCCUUUUAUAGCACGAAACCAAGGUUUAUGUACAGGGAUUACAUUGAGCGAGAUUUUGAAGGAGAAAAGAAAGGCCAGUUACUAAUGACUUUUUUCUGGGCUUGGAUUACUUAUUUCCUCAUUAACCAUUCUGAAGAAUUAACUGGCCAUGCAGCACUCCCUGACCCUAAGACGUUUACUGACGAUGAACUAGGAGUUUUAUAA